GCGUCUGCUCGGUACCAUUCAAUAAGAUAAGAAACACAACAAAGUGCGAUAAAUUUCGCGCAGUCGCGUGCUGUGUGUACUGCGAGAGGCCGACUACAAUCAGCUGUGAGCAACUACCGGGGUUCUAAAAAUGUUCGCUCUCAUUCCCCGGUCCCUUGUAACGAACGUGUCAUCACGAUCGGCGGUUAGUUUAUCGGGACAGAAAGCAACCGUUCAAGAAGCAGUCAAAUGGCUCAUAGAUUCGAAAAAAGAUUACCACACUGUGUCAGGAGAUACAAUCACGCCUUCAAAAGUCAUGGGUAUCGACCAUCUUCGUGAUCCUCGUCUCAACAAGGGUCUGGCUUUCACUUUGGAAGAACGUCAAGCUUUGGGUAUCCAUGGUCUACAACCUGCCCGAUUUAAAACACAAGAAGAACAACUGGAAUUAUGCCGAAUUUCUGUGAUGCGUUAUCAGGAGAAUCUCAACAAAUAUCUGUAUAUGACGGAAUUGCAUGAUCGUAAUGAGAAAUUAUUUUUCCGUUUGUUAUCCGAAAAUAUCGAAAUGUUGAUGCCGAUUGUUUACACACCUACAGUUGGUUUAGCCUGUCAGAGGUUUGGAUUGAUCUAUCGGAGACCAAGAGGACUCUUUAUCACAAUCAAUGACAGAGGACAUGUCUACGACGUUCUGAAAAACUGGCCAGAAUCAGACGUCCGAGCAAUCGUCGUAACAGACGGUGAACGUAUAUUGGGUUUGGGCGAUUUAGGAGCAUGUGGUAUGGGUAUUCCUGUUGGAAAACUCGCUCUAUACACUGCACUUGCCGGCAUCAAACCGCAUCAUUGUCUUCCGAUCGUCCUAGAUGUCGGAACCAACAACCAAACACUGUUGGAAGACCCUCUCUAUGUAGGUCUACGCCAGAAAAGACUUUCAGGACCUGAAUACGACUCAUUUGUUGAUGAAUUCAUGCAAGCUGCAGUCAAGCGUUACGGUCAAAACGUCCUCAUCCAAUUCGAAGAUUUCGGAAAUCACAACGCUUUCCGUUAUUUGGAUAAAUACCGAGGUGUCUAUUGCACCUUCAAUGACGAUAUUCAGGGUACUGCAGGUGUUGCUGUUUCGGGCCUUUUGGCUUCUGCAAGAGUUACCGGCAAGAAAAUAUCCGAAAAUAAGUUUCUGUUUUUGGGAGCUGGUGAAGCUGCCAUUGGUAUUGCUGACCUGUGUGUUAAAGCAAUGCAAGUCGAAGGAUUGUCACUGGAAGAAGCGAGAGGAAAAAUCUGGAUGAUGGAUAUUGAUGGUUUAUUGGCUAAAGGACGUCCGGAAGGGAAACUAGACGGACAUAAGGCGUACUAUGCGAAAGAACAUAAACCAGUCAAAGAUUUGGCUUCAGUUGUAAAUGAAGUUAAACCAUCGGUUUUAAUUGGUGCGUCUGCUGCAAGUGGCGCUUUUACGCCUGAAAUUUUGAAAAGUAUGGCGUCGUUUAACGAUAGACCGAUUAUUUUUGCCUUGAGUAAUCCUACCGACAGGGCGGAGUGUACAGCAGAACAGGCCUAUAAUAAUACUGAUGGUCGUUGCAUCUUCUCAAGCGGUUCUCCGUUCCCUCCUGUCACCUACAAAGGUACCACUUUUUACCCAGGUCAAGGCAACAACGCUUACAUUUUCCCUGGAGUUGCUUUGGGUGUUAUCUUAGCCAGAAUUCACCACAUUAAGGAAGAAUUGUUCUUAUUGGCUGCUCAAGCCGUUGCUGAUCAUGUGAACGACUCCGAUAUCCAAAAGGGUAGUUUAUAUCCACCUCUCAGUUGCAUCAGGGAAUGUUCUGUCGAUAUUGCUACGAGAAUUUUAGAUUACUCCUACCAAGAAGGAAUUGCAACCGUAUAUCCGGAACCACAGGACAAAAAAGCAUACGUUAUGCAACACCUUUAUAAUUACAAUUACGAAUCGGCAUUGCCUACUACAUGGCCAUGGCCUAAUGCACCCGAAAUUAAGACAAGGCCCAUCGAACCGACAAAGUUGAUGGCUUAAAAUUUGAAAAACAUGUAAUUUAAUUGAUAGUAAGGCCUCUGUAACUUUCUGAUUUGCUUCAGAUGGAUGGAAAUUAAAAGUUACAAAAGGCACUUCAAUAGGUAAUUCUUUUUCCAUCUGUAUUUUUUAAAUUCGACGUAUUUUAACAUAAUUUAUUGUUGAAUGUUUACAACCUAAGCUUUAUUUAAAAAUAUACAAUGUUGAUCAUUACUUUGUUUUGCGUGGGCACUAGAAAAUAGUGCCAUUUUCAGUUAAUUUUGUACUUAAUUUUAUUUAGUAUUCAUUCGAUCACAGCAGCUUUCGAUUAAUAAGUAUUGUUUUUGUGUUUCUUUUUUGUAUUUGCUGAUCUACGAGCAAUAUCGUUGUACGUUUUAAACAGUAUUUCUUUCUGGUCAUUAAAAUGUAGAACGUUAGAUUAAGACCACCUGUAAUAAAAAAACAAAAUAAAUGUUAUUGUACUGUUUAA